AUGACCCUUCACGUGUCAGCCUACAUUCAGUGCAAAACCGAGGUAAGAGAUGCAGUGUGUCUGUGUGUGAUAGUGUUCCUGAGUCUCUCCUUGACCGUGGGAGACCCUGGUCCGUGCAGACACUCCAUCACCAGAGGUCACCUGCUGACCAUAAGACGCCUGAUAGAUAACCAGUUGCAGAGUGGAUGCUCAAUAACCUACACAUUCAUUGAGCAGAGAAGUUUGAGUAAAUGUUGUUAUGUGAAAGCUGCCCUGCCCUGGAUCUUGGAGCUCCUGACCAGCCACUUUAGAUACACCCAAGGCUCAGACAACCACAGCUACGUUCUGUCUCUGACCUGUCUCAUCCACAACAUCUACUCUCAGAGAUGUGUACCACAGAUCAACGAGGAGCUAGAGGAUGACCCAGUGAGCUUUGGGAUGUCAUUCAGCAGCUCCCCAUCAGAGGCCCUGGGGAGGGUCCAGGAUGUCCUGUCUGAGUACUGGGAGCUGGUGACCACCAGUGACUCCCCGGUAGACUGGAGCUGUGAGAGGGAGUACAGAGACACAGAAGAGCCCCCCACAGUCCUCCCUACAGCUUUCUCUCUGACUACAGUCAGCACUUUUUGGGACUCAGAGAAAGCCCCUCAGACUGGUCUAGAUGGAGCCCAAGUUGGAGACCUUAAGUUUGAUUUCAUGGUCAUAACGCCAUCAGUCUGUGGAGGAAUGAUGUUAAUAUUCACUCUCUAUUGCCUCGUCAAACACAAGAUAUUCCACAGUACUUAUCGUCACACAUCACAAGUGUACCAAAACUCAAGUUUGCAUACAGAUAUUCAGGACAUUGAGAUGCAGGUGCAAUAA